GAACAACCUGGUGGAACAAGUCAGAAAAGAUAGAACUGACAGAAGUCAGUCGAUUGUCACUGUCAGAAUUCAGCUGACUGGAAAAGUUUGCCAAAAAAAGUUUAUUUAUUAUUAAAUUUUGUAUUAUUUUUUCUCCAUAUCCAAAACUGACUGUUGUCUUGAGGAAAACCCCUUUUGUUACACUAAUUAAUAUUGAAAACUGUUGCAAAAAUGAUUAGCUAUCUAAUGCUAAAAUAAAUAAAUUAAUAAGUAAAGUUUGGUGCCUGCGUGAUUGUUUGAAAACCAUGUACUGACAAGUCAACACUCGAAAAAUGACUGACAUAAAAGUAACUUUUAUACUUCCAAACGAUAUUCAAGAUGAAUCCGAAGCCUCCGAUGUUAUGAAACGAGCCUACAAAUCAUGUAAAGAAUUAGUCCCAGACACAAUUUGGGACAAAGAAAGCAACUUGAUCAAUCGCGACUUAUCAAAAAAAGACUACUUGAUAUUUGAAGAAUUGGAAGGCAAAGAUUUCAGCAUCUACUCUGAAAGCCAAUGCGCAAUAAUCGGCCCAUUAGCCCUAAAUGUUUGCUUAGAUCAAAUCAUAUCGAUUCCGAACUUUCCGUGGCCAAUUUUAACUGUUUCUAUGAUCGAGUGCGAAGUUACUUGCACCCAAAUGCUAAAAAGUCGUAAAGAAAUCAUAAAAAAUAAAGUGCAACUCAUGGGAGGACUUUAUUGUGGAGAUUUAAGAGAUUCUACGACACAUUUAAUAUGUGACAGUACUAAUUCGGAAAAAUACGCAUUGGCAGCUGAAAAAGGGGUUCUAUUGAUGCUACCAAGUUGGAUUGACUACAUGUUUGAAAACACUAACAUCAGUUGCCAUGAUAUUGAUGAUACAAUUUUGGAUAAAUAUAAAUGUCCAGCUUUCAAUAAUUUGACAAUAUGUGCUACAGGCUUGUCUAGUUCCAAAGAAAGAGCACAGCUAAUGGAAAUAAUAAAGGAUAAUGGAGGAAAUUUAACAGGCACUUUAGUCAUAUCUAAAACUGAUGUUUUGGUUUGUUAUGGAACAGCGAGCACUUGCAGUGAAAAAUAUAAAGCGGCACGUCGUUCUCAGCGGAUUUCGUGCGUCACUCCGGACUGGAUCCACGAUAGUGUCGAAAAAGGCUAUGCCUUACGACGGGACCUCGAAAAGUACCGUGUCAAAGCGGCCACAUCGACCCCUACAAGAGACGGAGAAAUAAUCGAUCCCAAUUUUUCAACCAUAAGCGCAGUGGGACAAUCGAUCUGUCACAAAACACAUAUCGACGAGACAAUCACCAGUAGAAGACAAAGCUACAAGCGAAAAGCUGACGAUCUAGUAGAAAAAAUCGACAUAAAAAAAGUGAAAAGUGCCCAGCACUUUUUGGACGGUUGCUCGGUUUUUAUUGCUGGUUUUAGUCCGAAUUGUCACGAAAAACUUAAUAAAAUCAUAAAUUUAAGCGGGGCAACUCGUUACGAUGAGUUUUCAGAUAGAGUCAGUCACGUCAUUGUCGGAGACCCAAUUUGCUCUGAAGUAAUUAAAAUACGAGAAAAUUGCGAUCAAUGUUAUUUGGUAUCUGUUCAAUGGCUGCUGGAUUCAGUCGAGCAACAAAAACCAGCCGAAGAGAGCAAAUAUUUUAUAUCCAAUAGUGAUGAAACUGGUAAAAUUUUAAGCGAAAAAGUCAUAAACAUCCUUAAAGAAAACAAAACAAUAACAAAUGAAUCAGUUGCAGUUGAUAAUGAUGACGUAUUAACGCAAAAAUAUUUAAGAAUGGCAGUUAGAGAUGAUGAGGCACAAAUGACUGAUAAUAAUCAAAUGGAAGAUUUUCAAAUAAAAACAAGAAUUUUUCAAAAUAAAGCGCAAAUCAGUAAUCAGUCUUUAACAUUUGUACCGCCAAAUACUUCUACUCAAAUAUCUGAAGUCAGCACAGAUAUGUCUGAAACUAAUGAAGAAUUAAAUAUUUUUGAAAAUUUGAAGUUUCGUUUAGAAGGAUUUAGUGAGGAAAUUAUUAAGGAAAAUAGAAGUCUUAUUGCAUCUGCUGGUGGAACUGUUGUUGAUUGUUUUUUUAAAGGAAUCUGUAAUUAUGCAAUAGUUCCAGUUAUUUAUAAUCCAAAGGAACUACUUCCAGCCUUAGAAAUAGUAAACAAUUUAUGGCUGAAUGAAAAUCUUGAAACCCAAGCUUUAAUCAGUGACAUAAAAUAUUAUCACAGGCACAUCAAUUUAUCUUCAACAGAUGUUUUAAAUGAUUGCGUAGUUACAAUAAGCGGUUAUACAAAUUUCGAAAGAGAAUUCUUACAAACAAUCAUUAUAGGCCUCGGAGGCAUAUAUCAAGAACAAUUUUCCAAAAAAACCAACACAGCUAAAAAUGUCUUGGGGUCUACUCACUUAAUAAGCCCUGAAGCUAGUGGGAAAAAAUACGAAGCAGCUUUAAGGUGGAAUUUGCCUGUAACAACCAAUGAUUGGUUGUUGGCUUGUGCCAAAACUGGCAAACGACUACCACUAGAAAACUAUCUAAUCGGAGAAAGUAAAACUUCCAAUAACGAAACAUUGAAUACCACUACUGCACAAAAAACUGUAACUCCAGAAAAAGUCGAUGCUCCUAAAACUCCAAAAAACUUGACACAAGAAAAUUUCAGUCAAGUAACUCCGAUAAAUAAAAUUCUAGAAGACGCAGUGAACAGUAAGCUUUUGCCGACGCCCGCGAGACCAAAGCAAUAUUAUCCGUGGGAUCCGAAAACUCCCGAAACUCCUCUGGGAGCUUUCAUCAGGCCGAAUCCUUCGCCCGGAUUGAGGAAAGAGUUGCAAAAGUAUGUGAAUUCGUUUCCGGAUUUUGUGCCGCCCAAAAGACGACUCAGUACGCCGAUGUCGGAACUUAAGAGACGACUUUGGGAUAAAGCCGCAGGCAGAGGCGAAUAUAGUCAAACUUCUCAACCCGCUACAGAAACUACAGUCCAAAAUCAAUCAGAAUCAUUGUCCGAAAGUAACACCAAAACAGCGGAAAAUGUGGAAAACAUAGAAGUGCAUCAAAAAUUAGAAAAACUACAACAAAUGCUCAGAGGCAGCGUCGAUAACACGCCCAGAAGAACAACAUAUAGCAACACCGAAUCAUCAUCUGAAGUUCCAACCGAAAUUCCAUCACAACCUUACACAGUCAGUUGGGAUUACGAAGAAGCAAACAUCAAAGAUCCAAAAAAGAAAAUAUUUUUACUAUCAGCUAUUGAAGAUCGUGAAAGAGUGACUAAUCUUAUAGAAUCUUUAGGGGGGCAAGUUAUAAAUUCUAACCAAUAUGUCCCAACUGCGACACAUUUAAUAAGCCCCAGACCUGCAAAAAAUGAGAAAACCCUUUCUUGCAUGGCUGCCGGCAAGUGGAUCUUGCACGUGUCUUACCUAGAAAAAUCGGCAGAGGCCGGCCAUUUUUUGAACGAAGAAGCAUUCGAAUUUGGAAAUCCCAAAGCCAAGAAGAAUACUUUUUACGAAAAAAAAGACGCUUGUAUUUCUAAUUGGCGAAAAGAUAUAGGGCUCAGGGGCUAUGGUGCUUUUCACGACAUGCGAGCGAUUAUAAUUGCUGAAAAAAAAGACUUGAUUUCGAAUGUUAUUCAAGCAGGCGGAGGAGUUGUAGUGAAUGUUGAAGCUCCGUUUAAUGAUCCUGUACAUGCGACUCAUUGUCUUUUGGAAAUUAAAUCGAUCAAAGACUUAUCGGUGUUUAUACCGUUAGCUAAACAAGGGGUGAAAUGUGUCAACACGAUUUAUGUCCACGACUUCUUGUGGAAGUUGAAUCAGAAUGAUUUCGAUUCUGUUAUUCCCUAUUUUUCCAAAUAUUAUAAUGUUUUGUGAUUAGUUUGAGAAAUAGAAAUUUUGUAUUAUUGUU